UUCAAAAUGAAAACACACAAAAUGUCAGUGAACUAAGGUUUUUCCACCUCUAGAAUCCAUGCAGGUAACUAUUAUACUUCAUUCAUUCCUUUAUUCAAUGAAUACUGUCAAGGCCUAUAAUUUUCUAGGUACUGGAGGUAGCAUGGAAACCAGGCAGGCAAAGAGACUCCUCUUUGGGACUUAACAGUUUCUUGGGGCAAAACAACCAUGAGCAAGUAAACAAACGAACAAGAAUAUCUCACGUGGUGGAAACUGCUAGUAAGGAAAUUUCAAGGGGUGAUGUAACUGGGGCCCGAGAGAAAGACACUUUCGUUUGGGUUGUCCGAGAUGGUGCCUGGGAGUUCUCUGAAUUCCUCUUUUUUGUCAGCUCAGGCAAACCUUGUCUGUGAGCUGCCUUGGGGUGGGGUUUAAUAAUAAACAGAAUGGCCCGUGGCCUGUGAGCUUCUUGGCAGAGCGAUGGUUAUCUGGUGAAGCCUCUUUGUCCUCAGAAUCUUUGUAUCUAUCUUCCUGGCUGGUCAGAUUCCUCCGAGAAAAGAUCCCACCCAUCCCCAUCUUUCAGGUCCUGGCUGCUGGGUAGGGGGCGAGGGUCAAGGUGGAACAGUUUCAACUCUUGCAUUCAAGUUCACACAUUUGAUUCACACAUGAUCCUAGCAUGAUUCUUCUGUUAUCAACUGCAUUCCUCCCACCAGAAAUAUUGAGAUUUCCGUGGUCUGGAGGGGAAAAAAAGGCAACCAAGAAAUGGCUGUGUUUCCACCCUACUGGAGAGCAGAGCUGGUAUCUCUUUUGGGAAUUUACUUUCAACCAACGCUUCUACUUUAGCUGCCACCUACCACAUCUCUUUUGGAGUUGGCAGGAGGGCACCAAUAACUGAGGCGUGAGACAUGGUGGUUGAUGGUGGUAUUUUGCUAGGGAAUGUGUAUUUGGCAUUCCACCCCAUGGCUGACAUGUUUUGGCUUAGGUUUUAAGACAGUCCCUUAACUAUGGUUGCAGUGAGAUUUUGGGAGACAGUAAAAGUAGGCGCUGGACUUUAAUUCAUCCUCUUUACUCAGAAGGACAGCUGACCGCAGAUCUGGGGAAAAGAACAUUCCACGCGUAGGGGACAGCAGGUGUGAAGGAACAACCUUGGUACAACGCAGUGGGUUCUUCAACUUGGGCAAGUGUCAGAAUGUUCUUAAAGGCUCCAUCAGACACUGACUUCACGGCUUCAGUUCCCAGAAUGUCACUAGGUCUGGCUGAGGUGCUAGAAUUUGCAGAGCUAGCAAGUCCCCAGGUGAUGCUGGUUUGGGCACCGCGCUUUUUUAUAAACCGCUAGUAUUAACGGAAGCGUUUUACACCUAGGUGUCAACAAGAGCCAGUAUCAUUAGUGUUUUCUCCUUUUAAUUCCUCAGAGAGGCUUAAUACAAGGUUGAAUACAGGGCCGGUAUCCGAUCUUUGUUCAGUUGAACCAAAACACCCCUCCCCCCAUUUCCUGGGCCGCUGGUGGACGGGUGAGAUCAAUUCCCGGGUCCAUUCUCCCUUGCGCUAUAGGGGAAGUGAGACCUGAAGAAGGAUGGCGAGGUCUACCCUGCUGGUCUGGGCAGAGCCGGGCUUCUAUGGGAGCCCAGGGCUUUUCUACGGCUGGCCAUCUGUCAAUCCACGGUUGCUUCCUCUUUUGGGGCAGAGUUUUGGCCUCAUCUCCGCUCCUCCUCCCGCCCCCGCGGACACCACGGGAGCGCGAACGGGAAAUUUGAGUUUCCUCCGCCUCACUCAAGAUUGUCCCUUUCCUACAAGGGGAAUUUCUCCACCUGGACUCUCCAGCCUUUUGCUUGUGGGGUCCAGGGAGCCCCUGACGGGAAGCGUCUAGGUGGGUGGGUGGGGGCAGGCCAGGGAAGGUCCGGGGUCGCGGGAAAAGAGAGGGAAGUAGAGGGAGGACUAAGCAGAGCACUCGGGGUUCCACCGGGAGGACUUAUGCUCCAGAGGACAAGCGGUCUGAGGCCUGGCUCUUCUUUGACUCCUCGAGGAAGUGCUGAGUUUAGGGGAACCCUGGGGAAGCCCCAAUGCUGAGGGGGGCUCUAGGGAGGGAUAAGAAAUCGGGGGAAGAGACAAAAGAGAGAAGCAGAAAGGCGAGGAGAUAACCAGGGAGAUGCAAGAGAGAUAACUGGGGAUCAAGAGGAUUUGAUGGAGCAGAGCGUGGAGAGCUCCAGAGAGAAAAGGAGACGGAGAGAUUCAGGGAAGAGAAAGUUGGGGAAAGUUUGGACCAAAGUUGGCCGGGGCGGGGCGGGGCCUCACGGGGCGGGGCGGGCGGGAACCAACCUACCCAGCGGGUCGCUGGGAUCCCCUCGGCCACUCCCCGGAAAGCAGGGCUUAGCUAUAAAGGGCCGUGCGCUGGACCCAGCUCGCAGCCGCCCGCAGCCGGCCAUGCACUCCAACACACUCGUCACCCCGGACCCCGAGGCCCAGCGGUCGCCCGCGUCCCCGGGUCGCGUCUGCAACCCGCUGCCCUGGGCUCUGAGCGCCGCGCUGCUGCUGCUUGCCGCUGCCUGCGCCACCUGCGUGGUGCGGGUCUGGGGCGUCCCCGGAACUCCUGCCUCGCCGGUUUCCAGUCCCGCGCCCAGUUCGAUUCUCCCCGUGGGCCUGGAGCAGACUUCCGACCCCCACGCCCGCCUCCCCAACUCUCCGCAGCAGGGCGUGUUCGCGCAGCUGGUGGUGGCCGAUGGUGCACAGCUGACGGAAGGGCCGGUGCAGUGGCGGAGCGAGCAGGGGUUGACAGGUGUGACUCUGGCGCCAGGCGUGCGCUAUGACAAGCACACCCAAGAGCUGGUGGUCCCCGAGGCCGGAGUCUACUAUGUUUUCUUGCACUUGACCCUGAAGCGCGUGAUGGCCAGCAACCACAACAGCUCCGACUCCGUCUCCGUGGCCCUGGACCCGCAGCCUCGCCAAGCUGGGGCUGCCCUGACCCUGACCUUGGACUUGCCACCCCCACCCUCGGGGAACUCAGCAGCUGGUUUCCGGAGCAGCUUGCUGCACCUGGAUGCAGGGCAGCGCUUGAGUGUCUACCUGCGCCCCGCCAUCCAGGAGCCUCUCUCCUGGCAGCUCUCAGCCGAAGCCACGGUCUGGGGCCUCUUCCGCGUGGCCGCCCAAGUUCCCAGUGGACUUCCCUUGUCAAAGCUCACGUGACCCCAGGGCUAGGUGUCACCUCCUGGAACGAGACUGCAUCUUCCCUUCCUCCUUUGGGGCCCCAGGUGACGGGACCCAGCUCCUCUACCUCACUGGGCUGGCCAGGGGUCAGUGCUGCUGACCGCUUCCUCCAGGAUCCUCUGGGUCCCUCGGUAUUUAUUCUGAGCUGAGCUCAGACACUGUACAUUAUUUUAAUCCAUUCAACUCAUAUUUAUUGAGCUGCUGCUCCAUGCCAGGCACUGUACAAGGCUAGAGAAAUAGGAGCAAAUAAAAUAGACCCUCUCCCCAUCCUUAUUUAUGUUAAUAUGUGAGAAAUAGAGACUCAUUUCCAACCCCUCUCCUCCCCACUCCAUGGGACUCAUGGGGCUAACUUGUGGGAGGGGGUCCAAGUAUCUAUGUUGCGUGAGCUUUAUUCACUCAUGCAAAAUUUAUCAGGCACUGUUUUAGGUGUUGGGGAUUCAGCCAGGAACAAGAUAAGAUAAAACCUUCAGCUUUUGCCCAGCUGGUGGUCUAAUAUGCUGGCUUUACACUAUGACUGUGUGUGACCCUGUUUAACUGGGACAUACGGGAGGGUGUGAGGUGGUACCUGAUGCUGGAUAAUAAAAUAUUUUUAUAUAUUAUGACUGCUAUGUAUUGUACAUUUACUAGACAAUGUGAGUUAUCUUGAGGCUUCAAACUGCGCUGUGCCUUAGGCAUGGGAUUUUUGUUAUUCUCGUGACCUUAUUUCUAUGCCCUUGAGAUAGUUUACCUCUACUGUAUCUGGCAGUGGAAAUACUGUAUAAUUCCGUUUUGCAGGACAUUGCUUGUCAACUCCGUGUUCAGUGUCACCACACUAGUAACUUAAGAUGGACCAUGGUGAUGGUAUUUACACCAGGGGAAGCGGCAAAGCUUACAAGUCCAGUAUGAUGUACUGUUUGUUGAUUGCCUACACUCAAAAGUGCUGGGAAAACAUGUUCACCAUGCAGAUGACAUUUAUGUGGGUUUUGUCUGUAACUGUUAUAUUGUGACUAGCACACAGAAAAAUCGAGGAAGUCUUUCUAUAGUGCUGUCAAACCAUUAUCUGAUUUAGCAAAGAAGUUCCAAGCAUCAUCAAAAAGCAAGUGAAGUGUGAACACACAUCUUGAUUGUUUCGUUCCGUCUCUGUGUCUAGAGGAAAAUAUCAACCUCCAUUCGCUUGUUUCUCACCUGCAAGCAUAGAUUGGCUUUGGGUUACAAGAGUGGAAAAAAAAAAAAAAAAAACCACGAGAAAGUUGUUCUGUGACACUCAGUUUUGGCUGUAUGGAAGCAGUGGGGAGUAUCUUAUUUUAUCGCUGGAGGUUGCAUGCUAAACAUUUAUGCCAAUAAAAUUUAUAAUAAAUACAGA